GCAAUCGCAAGUGCUCGUUUCGCGCAUGAUGCAGCGUUUGCGUUCAAGGAACGCUCGCCCUCGGUUACUUUCGCUUUUGCCUUGUGAUGUCCUUGUUUCGGUAGCAAGGUUAACUCUCUCCGAAAUUCUGAGCAGGGAAUGGAUUCAAUAGACAGCUCUAUGAGCGGCAGCAUGGGCUCUCAUUUUCAAGAGAGUGAACCAGAGCCAAGCUUAUUCGGCAUUGUCCUGAACUUCAUCUCAGCAAAUGGGUGGUUCAUCACAUUUGGACUCAUCGGCUUGUACGUGCUGUACCAGAAACUUGGCUCGUAUCUACCGACGAUGAGCCGGGCUUCACCACCAACACAGCAGGCCUAUGCGCCUUCAGAGGCAGAUGAAUUUGUGAAGCGGCAAGAAGCUCUGGCACGGGCACGGCAAAGGAUGCAAGAAAAGCAAAAUGAACUAGCGGAGAAGCAAAAGGAAAAGAUGGCUCAGCUGGAAGAGCAGAAACGGCAAGAGAAGAUUAAAAACUGGGAACAGUUACAGCAGGGACUUGGAUUAGGCUCAAAGCUGCGAGCCACCUCAUCUAAUGACAGCUCUUCGGAGGCCAGCGGUCUCUCGAGGAGACCCAAGAGAAGUGAAGGCAGCAGCGAUCGCCUUCGCAACUCAGAUUACAAUCCACUCACGGGUUCCUCCGGAGGCUCCUCGUACAGGCCAGAGAGGAGGUGUGUGAGCCAAGGCGGAUGAGGUUAAAGUACGGGGUUCAACUCUUCCUUGGUGCAGCUGUGGUGUUGCCUUUCUCGUUGCCGACACGCAACACAUUGUGGAAGUUUGUUUUACUGGCUUAAAGCAUUGAACUGUCACUCAAUAACCUGUUUAGUUCUUUGUUAUUACUUGCAAUAUUUUCUACACCUUCAAAAUUGUUCAGUCUCUUCCUGAAUAAAUCUGAGCUGCUCAAUCCUCUUGCUCUGCAGCAUCUGUAGGGUGCGCUGUCAAAUAUGUUGGAAUGUUUUAAUUCAGAAAUUGAACAAGUGCAUCGUUUGUCAAUUUGACUGAGAAACGCUUUACCACAGCUGCAGAAAUGUGAACCCCUGCUUUAUGCCACCUGGGCGUACCUCAUUGCGUGCUUGCUGUAUUCGUUUUUUGGUACGAAAGGCAGCCUGAGACAAACACAAGCAUGCACACACAUGAAGUCAUUACUGGAACUGGUUCACAGCCAACGGUAUUGAUGGAAGGAGGGAUCUUAAUGUGGCACCUGUUUUUUUUUUCUUAGACUCCAUGUGAAUAAAUUUGCACUACUAUUGUUGGGUUUAGAAUCUCUGUAUGCUUCUUUGAACAUGCAAAUAACGUGUAAAUAAACCUGUGUGCCCAUUUUGUGGUUUAUCUCUGCAUGCAUUUCUUGGGAUAUUAGAAAAUACCUAAUCUUAUCACUUAUACUAUCAUUUUACUAGCAACACGAUAGUACAUUAGUAAGAAGUUUAAGUGUAUUACAGUACUUUUAGUGUCCAAUUAGGCUUAUCUACUGGGAUACCAUUUUUACUACUGCCUUCGUACACCAUUUGCUUUGUGCUUAGUUGAUUCCUGGAAAGCUUGGUGGCAUUGCACUGGCCUCGCGCAAAGCUUCAGUGGCAUAAAUUUUAUUACUUCAGCUGUGGUUUUCGGUGUCAGUUAUGCCUUAUUUACAGUCUGGUUAAAAGUAGCGUUCAAUAGGGGGGCUUCAUGUCAAGCUUCAUUUUAACUUUUUCGUUACUGCGUGAAAAUGGUUGUUUUUCAUAUGUGUCGAAAAGAUAGUUUUUGCUAGUUAGAAAAGUACUCCAGCAUGCAUUGCAGCAUUCCAAACUUUGCACAAUGAAAUGCUCUUUCCAAACAAUGUAUGUUUUAGAGCAACAAAAAUAUCUUAGAAUGAAUAAAAAACUGAAAAGUGUAGAAUUUUCGGUCACAAGC